UUACAAGCUCACAAUAAUCCGAACAGCCGUAGCUAGCGAAGUAGACAUCCGUCACUCUCGACAAGUACUUCGAAUCCACCACAACUCGACAAACAAACACCUCUUACACGAUGGGUAUCAUGUCUCUUUACCACGAUAUCUGCCUCGGCAACGUCUUUGGCUCUGGCCACCCUAUCCACCCUAUCACCGUCCACUACCCCCUGACCACCCUCAUGGCAGCCUACGGGAUCGACAUGACCGUCCAUUCCCGCCCUUACCUCCCUCGACUCCUCACCUCCCUCCUCCCCUCCACCCCGGUCUUGGCCCAGGUGGCUUAUUACUCCAAUGCCGCCGGGUUGAUCUUUAUGGCUCCGGCGCUUAUUACCGGAUUUCACGAGUUUUACGAGAUUUACAAGCAUUUGGGGACGAAGAGGGUCGAGGAUGGGGUCGUCCUCCAGAGUUACCCGCAGAGGACGUUUAACGUCGCUGCGAUUCAUGGGGUUUUGAACGCAUUGACUGGUGCCUACUCCCUCUACCUAUGGAGAGCCAGAAAGAACGUCCCUGGACACAUGUCCACCCCUCGACAAGGGUUGGCUUCCGGGUUGGUUCUGGGAUCCCUGAUCUUCUCCGCUGCAUUGGGCGGAAAGUUGGUUUACGACUACGGCAUCGGCGUGCAACGACAAGGGAGCGCGAUCGAGGAUAAGAAGGCCAUGUGGAAGGACCUUUCCAGGCAUGCCGAGUGAACGAGCAACGGGGCUCGACUCGAGAGGUCUUUUAUGGUCCUCGAUCGGAACCAUCAGGGAUACCUCCCUCGAGUCGGGGACGAAGACGGAGAUGCAGUCGUACAGUCUCAUCCG